AGCGUGCGGCCCUCGGAGCCCUUCCUCACCCGUUACCUGCUGGGGCCGCACAAAAACCUCUCCGAGACCCAGGUGUUCAACGAGAUUUACCCGGUGUGGACUUACUCCUACCUGGCACUGCUAUUCCCGGUGUUCCUGGCCACGGACUACCUGCGGUACAAGCCCGUGGUCCUGCUGCAGGGCCUGAGCCUCAUCGUCACCUGGUUCAUGCUGCUGUACGCCCAGGGGCUGCGGGCCAUCCAGUUCCUCGAGUUCUUCUACGGGAUAGGGACGGCCACCGACGUUGCCUAUUACUCUUACAUCUACAGUGUCGUCGAUGUCAACCUGUACCAGAAGGUCACCAGCUACUGCCGGAGUGCCACCCUGGUGGGCUACACAGUGGGCUCGGUGUCCGGGCAGGUCCUUGUGUCGGUGGCAGGAUGGUCCCUCUUCAGCUUGAACGUUAUCUCCUUAACCAGCGUCUCCAUUGCCUUUGGCACAGCGUGGUUCCUGCCCAUGCCACAGAAAAGCCUUUUUUUUCAUCACGUCUCAGGUCAGCCGCUCAGCUGGGAAAUGAAGGUCAUGGAUUGUAAAAACGGAUCGGCUGUCCAAGAUCAUCCCAGUGUGCAGAGGGCAGGUGGCUGGGAGGAUGAGACAAAAGUUCCCUUAAAUGGGGAGGGUCAUUCAGCAGAGAAACAGGAGCAGAAAGUAGACAUUGUAAAGGUGCUCAAAGAUCUCUGGCAGGACUUCCUGCAGUGCUACUCCUCCCAGACCAUGCUCUGCUGGUCGGUGUGGUGGGCACUGUCCACCUGCGGCUACUUCCAGGUCAUCAACUACGCUCAGGGCCUGUGGGAGAUGGUGCUGCCUUCUCACAGCACAGAGAUCUACAAUGGCGCUGUGGAAGCGGCCUCAACGCUGCUAGGAGCUGUUGCAGUGUUUGUUGUGGGUCACAUAAAAACAUCCUGGGCAAUGUGGGGUGAAGUGGCACUUGCCUUGUUCUCCUUUCUUAUUGCUGCUGCUGUGUACAUCAUGGACACGGUUCGUAAUAUCUGGGUGUGCUAUGCAUCAUAUGUUGUCUUCAGAAUUAUCUACAUGCUGCUAAUAACGAUAGCAACGUUCCAGAUCGCUACAAAUCUCAGUGUGGAGCGGUAUGCCCUGGUGUUCGGGGUCAAUACUUUCAUUGCCUUAGCACUUCAAACUUUGCUCACUUUGAUUGUUGUGGAUGCCAGUGGGCUUGGGUUGGACAUCUUCACCCAGUUCAUGAUUUAUGCCUCUUACUUUGCGGCCAUCUCACUGGUGUUCUUGGGCAGUGGCAUAUAUAGUAUUAUGAGAGCUUACAGAAGACAAGAACAGAUGCAGCGCAGAUCUCCUGAAAGCCAGUAG